AUGUACGAAGGGAUUGACAACCUGAAAUCCCUUUACGACCGUGCCGGGAAGACUUUCUCCGGCGGUCCUUCUGCGGCACAGGAUGUGUCGCGUCGUACUGCUCGACCAGACCCAGUACGUCAACCAUCAAUUGGGAGCGGGGCUCCCAAGAAUCCCAGGACGGGGGAUAGCCGCGCCACCGGACGAGGUAACUCGUCCGACGUCCGUUCACGUCGCGGUGGUUCAACAGCUGCUCUACUAGAUAGCGCUGGCCACCGCGAGAGUCCUCUAAUGGAGGUGGAGGAGGAGGAAAGACGCUCUCCACACGAUCAUGUGGAUCGGUGUGUUCCCGAGAGCUUCUUUGAUCGCGUAACGCAAGGGUUACGCGACGAUCUCGAGCAUGAGCGGAAUAGGCGUCUCCAGAUGGUGGACACUGCCUCGAAGCAUCGAGCUGAGUUUGCCUUUGCUCAGCUUGAGAACGAGAGAUCUCUGACAUCUCUUCGUGACGAGCUAAGGGUAGCUCGUGGGAUUGUUGAUCGGUCUCGGGACCAGAUAGCUGCUCUUCAGACCCUUGUUGAUGCCCACCAUCGGGAGCACAAGGCUCUCUGCGAGAUGCUUGAGCGCAAGGGCGUUCUUCAUCGGAAGAAGCAGCGUACUGAUGGUACGGCUUAA